AGUUUCACAAAAAUGGCUAAGUUUUUUACAUCUCUUUUCUUAAUCUGUUCAUCAUUCAUGUUCACCAGAGAUGUUUUUGCAGAUGAGAAUAGACAGGCAAAUUCCCAUAUGAACAAAACACCUUAUACUAACUCUCUCCCGCUCUCCAUAAAACAGGUGUAUAUUGUGUAUUUGGGAAUACUUCCUGAGAAUGGAUACUCACCUCCAUCUCGCCAUCACAAAAUACUCCAAAAACUUGUUGGCAAGAAUUCUGCUACGAGUUUGUUGAUUAGAAGCUACGGAAGGAGCUUCGAUGGCUUCGCUGCCAAUCUAACUCAAUCAGAGAGUCAACAACUGGAAGAGAUGGAAGAGGUGGCUUCCGUGUUUUUAAGCAAGACUUAUCAACUGACGACAACAAGAUCAUGGGACUUUGUCGGAUUUAGUGAGAGUGCGAAACGAGAACAUGUGCAAGAAAGUGAUGUUAUUGUAGGAGUGUUUGACAGCGGAAUCUGGCCGGAAUCUGAGAGUUUCGACGACAAGGGUUUUGGUCCGCCUCCGAGUAAAUGGAAAGGUUCUUGUAGUGGUGGUCAGAAAUUCACUUGCAACAACAAACUCAUCGGAGCUAGGUUUUACAGCAAAUAUUCCGUGUCAGCAAGAGACGACGAAGGCCAUGGGACCCACACGGCGUCAACGGCUGUCGGUAACGUGGUUCAAGGGGCCAGUUUUUACGGCCUGGCUCAAGGCACGGCUCGUGGUGGAGCUCCCUCGGCGAGAAUUGCCGCCUAUAAAGUCUGCGUGAAGGGCUCCGGCUGCAGCGACGUAGAUAUCCUCGCCGCGUUUGAUGAUGCCAUCGCAGACGGAGUUGACGUCAUCUCCAUCUCGAUCUCAACCUAUUCUGUCUCCAGUCUUCUGAGCAAUUCUAAAGACAUUGGUUCGUUCCACGCAAUGUCUAGAGGGAUUAUCACGGUGGGUUCCGCCGGUAACGAUGGUCCCGACCAAGGUACGGUGGCAAAUGUAUCGCCGUGGAUGAUAACCGUCGCGGCCAGCGCUACGGACCGACGUUUCGUCGACAGAGUCGUUCUUGGUAACGGAAAAGCUUUAACGGGUUUGUCAGUUAAUCCGGUAAAUUUCAACGGGACAAAGUUUCCGAUCGUUUACGGCCAAAACGUUUCAAGAAAUUGUCCCGAGCUCCAAGCCGGUAGUGCGUGUGUGGACAGAGACCUGGUCAAAGGGAAGAUCGUCCUCUGCGACGACUUCCAAGGAAACAAAGAGGCUUACUUAGCCGGAGCCACUGGAGCCAUUGUUCAGAACACAGUGGUUCAAGAUGUCGCCUUUGUGCUACCAUUUCCUUCCUCCUCUCUAAGCUUGGAGGACUGUGAAUCUAUCAAAUCAUACAUCAAGUCUGCAGAGAACCCUCAAGCGGAGAUACUGAGAACCGAAGAGAUAGUUGACAGAGAAGCUCCUUAUGUUCCGUCGUUCUCUUCUCGCGGGCCAAGUUACAUUAUCCAGAACCUCCUAAAGCCUGACGUAAGUGCACCUGGUGUAGAGAUUUUGUCUGCAUUUUCUCCGGUAGCUUCUCCUUCAGGCCACCCUGGGGACAAGAGAAGUGUCAAGUUCAGUGUAAUGAGUGGCACAUCCAUGGCUUGCCCUCAUGUAGCAGGUGUAGUGGCUUACGUCAAGUCGUUUCACGCCGACUGGUCUUCCUCGGCAAUCAAAUCCGCAAUUAUGACGACCGCUACGCCCAUGAACCUUACGAAGAAUCCCGAGCAAGAAUUUGCAUAUGGUUCGGGCCAUAUAAACCCGACCAAAGCCAGCGACCCGGGACUUGUGUAUGAAUUAGAGACAGAGGAUUACCUCAAAAUGCUAUGUGCAGAGGGUUUGAAAUCAGGGCUGCUCACAAGAAUCUCCGGACAGAACGUCAAUUGUUCAGAUAGAACAGAAGCCAAGGAUCUGAAUUACCCAACAAUGACUUCGUUUGUCUCUGCUCUUGUUCCAUUCAAUAUCACGUUUAGCAGAACCGUUACCAACGUUGGAUUCCCAAACUCUACGUACAAGGCGAGUGUGGUUCCUCUUCGACCGGAGAUUCAGGUUAGCGUAGAACCGGAACUUCUGAGUUUCGGUUCCCUGAAGGAGAAGAAAUCCUUUGUUGUGAACAUCUCUGGUAAAGGACUGAAGGAUGGAAGUGUUGUAAGCUCGUCUUUGGUUUGGUCUGAUGGGAGUCACAGUGUCAGAAGUCCAAUCGUAGCUUACUCAAUCAAGAUUUAUGACUAG